AUGGCUCAGAAACCAAUUCGCGACUGGGUCUAUUUGGCCAUCAUCUCGGUGCAGCUCUUUGGCAUGUUUGUCCUCGACUUCACCCCUCUCUACCCAGACUCCCUCUACGGCAACCCCUCAGCGCCCUUCCACUUCCUCACCAUCAUUCGCGACACCUACCUCACCGUCUCGGGUGACCCCUUCUUCGGGGACAAGUUUGUUGGCGAUUGGUUCCACGGUUUCCUCUGGCUCGAGCUGCUUGUCCAGUGCCCCCUGGCCAUCUACAUCGUCUCCCAGCUCUCCUCCAAGAGCCCAUCCUCGGGCCCGGCUGAACUUGCUGGUCUUGCGUUUGGCUGUCUCACCGGCAUGGGCACUGUGGCGUGUGUUUCCGAGUUGAUUCCUAUGGGUCCGGAGCUCGUCUCAGAGGAGCACAAGACAAACCUUCUCUACGGCACUUAUCUUCCUUUUCUCAUCAUCCCCGGCGUCAUGGCCGUUGACAUGUACACAAGGCUCCUACGUCGUGUGAGCACCGACACCAAGGCCAAGACACAGUAG